GUCCCGGCAACAACGCCUCGGGGCAGUCCCGUGCCAUGAUAGCAGCCGCGGCCCGUCGCAGGGACUCCAGUCACAACGAGCUCUACUACGAAGAAGCCGACCACGAGCGCCGAGUGAAAAAACGCCGUGCGAGGCUUGUGGUUGCAGUAGAGGAGGCUUUCACUCACAUCAAACGCCUCCAGGCGGAGGAACAGCAGAAAGCUCCAGGAGAGAUGAUGGACCCCCGAGAAGCAGCCCAGGCUAUCUUCCCCUCCAUGGCAAGAGCUCUGCAGAAGUACCUCCGCACCACCCGCCAGCAACAGUACCACAGCAUGGAGAGCAUCUUACAACACUUGUCCUUCUGCAUCACCAAUAACAUGACACCAAAGGCGUUCCUGGAGCGGUACCUCAACCCAGGCCCGACCCUCCAGUACGACAGGGAUCGCUGGUUCUCCAAGCAGUGGACGCUGGUCAGCGAGGAGGCGGUCACGAGCGGGUUACAAGACGGCGUUGUUUUUGUCCUCAAGUGCUUGGACUUCAGCCUUGUUGUUAAUGUGAAGAAAAUCCCCUUCAUCAAACUCUCGGAAGAGUUCAUAGACCCUAAAUCUCAUAAAUUCGUCCUCCGCUUACAGUCUGAGACUUCAGUCUAA